AUGGAGAUACGCUUACCGUGGGGGUUACCUCCCUGGUGGGAACCACCGGAGGUGGUGAUUGAGGAGACUAAGGAGCGGUCCAUGCACGACAUCCAUUGUAUCGCCUACCCGGACGCAAUUCGCAUUUACAACGCGGUGCUACAUGAUAUCUGGGCCGUGGCGCGGACCGAAAUUUAUUCUGAUAAUGAGGGCGCGGUGCGCCACGCUGCUGCCCCUAAGCAGGUAUAUCUGGUUUACGAGCUGCUGGAGCUGCUUUACCGCCUUGUAAUGAACUCGCGGACAGCAAGGCGAAGGAAGUGGCAGGCUGGUGCCAUGGCGUUAGGCAGUGAAGGCCCCUGGCGCCGGUCAUGCUGCCAGACCACCCUGUACGCCGGCUGCUGGAUGCCUGGAUUCGGCAGCAUACUAAAGAGCAAUGGGAGGAAGUCUGGCGGCAGUCUGAGCAUGGCACCUCCUGCGCUUCCUCCCCGAGCCAAGCGUUUGAUCACCAUCUACGAUGACCUCAUCCUGGUGGAGCGCAGCGCUUUGGUGCAGAUGUGUACAGCGAAGAUCAGGCUGAGCCACUAUCUCACGACCAUCGACCGGGCCGAGGACCUUUCCUGCCCGUGCGGACAGGCCCCGGAGACAAUUCACCACGUGCUAUUCGUCUGCUCCUGGUACGACGACCUUCAGCGCGCGAAAUGGACGGAAGGGACACCCCAAAACCUGAGAGAGGCCCUGGAACAGUACGUUCGGGGGACCGCGGCUCAUGCUACGACCCUGGGUCCUGCAGAUGGUCCCUGA